CUGAUUCCACUGAAGUUCAUGCAAUAAUUGGGAAUGUCUCGACUUAGCAUUGAAGCUUAGUGGACGUCGAAGCGUUUCUAGUGGAUUAGCGAACUCGUCUGCGCCGAAUUUUCACAGACGUUGUUUGGAGUAGUCAAAGUAUGUCGACUUGAUUCGAAGAAAGCUGUUUCUUUUCGGUACUAUGACCGUAUUAUAAAUACUGUACAGUGUCAAGUUCAUGCAAGCUGCAGAAAACCGUUGAGACUCGACAUCGGAUCUGAUGUUCCAAAGCCGAAAAUAAGCAAGUUUAGGCAAACGAGAAUUGAAGAUCUCGCCGGAGUAAUCAAAUUAAAGGAAAUGGAGCGUUGUAAAACGUUGGCCGCCGAUCCAGAUUCUGAUCGCUUGCAAUGGCUCCGCUGUCUUCAUUGUUUCCUUCAUAAAAGACCGGCCGCAGAAAUCCUGAAGAAGACUGAAGUAGGAGUUUUCAUCAUGGCGAAGGUCACAGUUCUGGAUGAGGAAUGGCUUGUGGACUCACCUUUAAUGAACAUGUGGAUUCGUACUUCGCGCUACGGAUUCGACGGCUGCCAAUGCCACGGCUACAAAUUUCGACCGCUUCAGCAUCUGAGGAGGAUUGAGGAACGUCGUCUCUGCUGCGUGGAGAUCUCUCAUGGCCCAUCGCUGAUGAGCGCUUUGCGUGAGAGGCCUGGCAGCAGCCGGGCGGUGCAGCUCAUACGUUUUGAGGUCUCCAAGAAGCAGCUCUUGUGCAUUUGGAUGCAUCAUGUACAGCUGUGCGUUUUGCACAAGUACAACAAGAUAGCCAUGGCCUUUGUUCACUUUUGUGCAUCUCCUCACUCAAACUAG